UUCUUCCCCUUCCCCCAAAAGUUUAACGUUAGGAUUCCAAAGCCAUUAACACUGUAGCCGGAGAAAAAGGGAAGCCCAAAAAUCUAUACCCUGGUAUUUAGCUUCUGCUGCCCGCCUUUCCUAAUUUUGUUUGUAGUAGUCAAACAAAAACAGAGUAAUUGCUCUUCGUUUGCGGGAUCUUCUCAUUGAGUUUUUCCGCCAUUUUUCUUCCGCUGAAGAAAGGAGGGAGGUAAGUGUGAAGAGGGCAGGCCAAGAAGACGAUUGGGUAGGAAGACAUUGAAUACUUUCUUUACUGGGUUGGUCUGUGAAUUCAAGCGGCGAAUUUCUUACCGGGUUUUGAGUUUCUUGGGGACAUUCCGAAGAAGGACAGAGAUAAAGAAACGAUUUCCGUUUCUGGGUUUAUCUUUUUGAAGGGAUCAAAGAUAUGUUGGGUGAAAUGGAGGAUCGUUGCACAACUGGGUUCUACAACGUUUUGGCUUCAAGAAAAGCUGAGGAAGCUGUUUGGAGGCGGUACCAGGCCACUGAGUGGCUGGAAAGCGUCGUGGGUCCAUUGGGUAUAUCGAACAAGCCCUCGGAGAAAGAAUUCAUUUCUCGCUUGAGAAAUGGAUUGAUUCUUUGCAAUGCCAUAAACAAAGUUCACCCAGGAGCCAUAACUAAGGUUGUGGAGAAUCAUGUACCUAUCCAAUUUAUAACCCGAGAACCCCAGCCAUUGCCAGCUUAUCAGUACUUUGAGAACGUAAGGAACUUCCUGGUAGCUAUGGAAGAAUUGAAACUCCCAGCCUUUGAAGCUUCUGAUCUAGAAAGGGAUGCACUGGAAGCAGGAUCAGUUGCUAAGGUGGUUGAUUGUGUCUUGGCCCUUAAGUCAUACCAUGAGCACAAGAAUACGAAUGGUGGGAAUGGGAGUUUCAAGCCAUCUAGGUCACCUAUGGUGGGUCACAAUGCGACUAGGAGCAAUCUCCACGGGAUCCCAUCAGAUUCUUGCCGGCGGUUGGAGAUGAAUGUAUCAGCCGAAGCACAUCUAUCUGGGAAUGCUGAAGCUCAGAAACUAGAAGGUGAACUGGUGAAGGUACUUGCGGAGUAUAUGGCUGAUACAAAGGAAAACAUGGGUGGAAACUUUCUCGCCUCCUUUAAAGCUGGUGAUGUGGAUCCUAUGAAGUUAUUCGGUAGGAUUGUGGCAAGCUGUUUGAAGGAAAACGAACAGAAAAAGUUCCCCGAGGGUAAAACAGUGCUCAGAGAUUGCUUGAAAGACAGUAGUAACUUACCUGUCCAUUUGGAAGCAACUCCUGUGGGGGUGGACAUAUCUGAAGACAAAAAUAGUAAGUGUUGUCAAACAUGCCUAAGUAAAGGAGACUGCAAUCACAGGCGUUUACUGCACAUCCAGGAAAGAGAACUCCAGGAUCUGAAGACAUUAUGGGCAACGACAAGAAAGGAGUUCGAAGGCUUGCAAUCCCAGCUGCAGAGUGACCUCACACAAUGUGGCUUUCAGGUUCAGGAGAUGGCGAGUGCAGCUCAGGGAUAUCAGAGAGUGUUGAAAGAAAACAGAAUAUUGUACAACAUGGUUCAGGAUUUGAAAGGAAAUAUUCGAGUUUAUUGUAGAGUGAGGCCUUCGUUUACUUCUGGAUCAAGCAACGCAGUAGAAUUUGUUGGAGAGGAUGGUUCGUUGGUGAUUGUAGAUCCAUCAAAGCCCACCAAAGAUGGAAGGAGGCAUUUUCAGUUCAACCAGGUCUUUGGUCCUACUGCCACACAAGAAGAUGUCUUUGAUCAAGUCCAACCACUAAUCAGAUCUGUGAUGGAUGGCUACAAUGUAUGCAUUUUCGCUUAUGGCCAAACUGGCUCUGGGAAAACCUACACAAUGAGUGGUCCGUCAGGUGGUUCAGCCAAGGAGCUUGGGAUAAAUUACCUGGCACUCAAUGAUCUUUUCCAUAUGUCUGAUAGAAGGAAGGAUGUCAUAAGUUAUGUUAUAAGAGUUCAGAUGGUUGAGAUAUACAACGAACAAAUACGCGACCUUCUUUCUGAAGAUUCAUCAUCCACCAAAUAUCCUUUUAAGCUGUUCAUUACUGGGUAGAUGACAAUCAUGCUUAAAGUAGUCAUAUAUGUGCAGCAAUGCAGGCAUCAUAUAUUUGGUUUUAGUUUUCUAUUCCUUAACCGAACACACGUUAGAAAUUCGGAGUUGCACUGGGGAUGAUGGUCUAACUCUUCCAGAUGCUACAAUGCUCCCUGUGACAUCCCCUUCUGAUGUUCUUAGGCUGAUGAAACUUGGUGAACUGAAUCGUGUUGUCAGUUCUACUGCAAUGAAUAACAGAAGCAGUCGUUCCCACAGUGUGCUGACAGUUCAUGUUCACGGUGAGGACGAGUCUGGAAGCAAGCUGAGGGGAUGCUUGCAUUUGGUAGACUUGGCAGGAAGUGAAAGAGUGGACAAAUCUGAAGUCACUGGGGAUAGGCUCAAGGAAGCACAGUACAUCAAUAAGUCGCUUUCAUGCCUGGGAGACGUGGUCACAGCACUGGCACAAAAGAAUACUCACAUUCCUUACCGAAACAGCAAACUCACACUUCUGCUGCAAGAUUCCUUAGGUGGACAUGCUAAAACACUGAUGUUUGCUCAUGUGAGCCCAGAAGAAGACUCUGUACUGGAGACUGUAAGCACUUUGAAGUUUGCUCAACGUGUGUCAACCGUAGAACUUGGCGCUGCUAAGGCAAACAAGGAGAGCAGUGAGAUUAUGCAGCUCAAGGAACAGGUUGAGAACCUUAAAAGGGCACUGGCUAAUAGACAGUCACAAGAUCAGGAGUUGAGCAGGAUGAAGGACCCGAGAUCUCCAUUAGGGAAGUCAAUGCCAAUGACUGAUAGAACGCCACCACGCACAAGGAGGCUCAGUAUUGAGAACGGCAGCAGCACGAAGCCAAUGAAGGCUGCAAGACCUGAUGUCUCCAAAACACCUACACUGCCUGAUAGAACACCACCACGCACAAGGAGACUCAGUAUUGAGAAUGGCAGCAACACGGAGCUGAUGAAGACUGCAAGACAUGAAGUCUUGAAAACACCUGCACUGCCUACUCGUUCAAGAAGACUCAGCCUGGAAGCUCCAACAUAUUACAAAAGGGAUAAUGAUGAACCGAUAAGGAAGCCUUUGAAGUUUGAGCCAGCGAUGAUGACACCACAGAAGUACAACAACCAGCCACAGGAUGUGGAAGCUAUGAUGUCAAAGCCUUUCGGAUAUUCUGCUACUACUACAACUACUACCAGCAGUUCCACAGUGAAGAUUUAUCAGCAACGCAACCCUUCUAGGAGUCCUACCAGAUCUUCGUAUCAAAGGCAGACGGUGAAGAUUGAUAGUAGGACACAAGUCCCACAUCUUCAGCUGCCAUUGACAACAACAGAACACCAAGUGCUUGCUAGAAAUGAGGUCCAGAUUGUGAUGCAAAGCGAAGUUCCCAUUUCAGCCAAUACUACUACUACUACGGGCAGUAGUGCUAAUGGGAAAGGAUCCCAGAUUAGGAAGUCACUUCGGAGCAUUGGGAAGCUGAUUAAUGGAUCAGAAAAGAGGAAUCAACGGAAGGAACCAUCUCCAAUCCCUGAAGAAAUGAAGUCACCAAUUGGAAUUAGCAGUAGUUCAAGGACUGCCAGGAGGCAAUCACUAACUGGAGUUCACAAGUCGUCUCGCAGGAAUUCACUCGGUGGGAAAUCAGUUGACUCAGACGACUCUAGGAGGAAUGCAAGGACACCACCACCUCCAGGCUACGGAUCAGCGCAUAACAAAAGAUGGGUUUAGAAGCAAACCAUUAACAAAAGAAAGAAUGACAUUUCUGUAACUUCAUUGGAGCUUUGACUCGAAGCCAAGUCAUGGAUAUUGACCCGACUGUGAAGAUGAACACAUGCUGAGAUACAGAGAAGGUGACUAGCGAUGACAUCAUCCUGCCAUUCCCAUGUGUGUAUAUAAUAUAGCAAACAGGCUGUGUUUUUUCAGGGAUAAUAAGCUCUUCUGUUUUGCUCACAUUGUAGUGAUCAAUUUUUGGGGGAGAAUCCUAGGUCUAUCUCUGAAAUAGCUCUCUGCAGAAUUGGCAAGUGGGGUUUCUUGGGUUGUGUCAGUGGGUAUUGGAUAACAAGUCCAGAUGUAGAAUUGAAUAUUGAGGUAGAGAAGUUGGGGAUGGGACCAAGAUGGCAAGUUCAUUUGGUUUUUGGGUUUUGUGUUUUAGGGACUUGAGAUAUGAUGCCAUGUUGCGUUUGGCAUCUCACUCAUUGGUUUUAGUAGAUUGAGAUUCAUGGAAAUGCUUGUGAAUUUUCCAACAUCUCUCAUGUCUCUUUUUGGUCUAGCAAUUUCUUUUUGAACCAAUUUUAUGGUUCACUCAUCAUCUAUAAUACAUAGCUGGCCUUUUCAUUUCAGU